CCCCUCCCGUCCGUCUUUGCUUUUACUCCCCCCGUUGGCCGCCCCCGGCGGCUCUCCAGACUCUUAGCCAUGGCCUUCGCGCGCUCUGUCCGCACCAUGCAACUGAUGCACGUCUACCAGCGCCAAAUGCUGGUGGUCACUCCGCGAGUGACACUGACGCAAAGCUCCAACGAGCUGUUCUACCCCUCGGCCGAGGGGUUCGAUACGUCGGCCGCACUCGCGCCGAUCGAGCAGGACCGGCAGCACUCGCGCGCGGCCGCCGCUGCCGCCUCCCUGGCCCGGCCUGGGGGAUAUUAUGCGUCGUCCAUCUCGACGGCCGAGCCGGCCGAUAGCAUCGCCCGUAUUAUCACAUCCUUCUCGCUGUCUCCCGAGAGUGCCGAGGCGCCGGCUGCCGGGCCGGCCCCGGCCACGGCCUCUCCCGCCGCUGAGCCGGCCUGGUCUGCCGUUCCGGCCACGGGCCCCAUGCGUGUCCCGUCGGCGACUGAUCUGAAUGCCGCCGCCAUGUCGGCCGUGGUGUCUUCCUCAUCGUCGGGGUCCUUGCCGGAUCUGGCCGCCCGUGCGCCGGUGCACCAGGCCGCGGUGGCCGUCGUGGAUUCCACCCUGCGUUUGUUGAACACCCUCUCGACCUCGGUGGCUCGGACUGUGCAGGGUGUCGUCCAGGUCUUGGCCGGCUCACACAAUGAGGCGGAUUCGCACUCCACCAGCACUGCCCCACGCUCGCCGACGACCGGAGCCGAGUUCGUCGCUGGAGCCGCCCCGGCCGCCUCCCGCAAUGUCCCUGCCAGCGAGCCAUCCUCCGGUCCGGAUAUGGCAUUGAUUGCCCCGCUGGUGGGCCUCGGCCUGGUGGCUGCCCUCGGGCUGUAUCUCUGCCCGUCAACUGCUGGCGGCCGGCGGCUGCCCCUGCUGGUGCACGCGCUUGUCCGAAACCAUUUCCCCUCUUUUGGGCUGUCCUCCAGCGGCGGCCUUGGGCGUCUCCUUAGCAGCAUUGGGAGGGGCUUGUGCCCGCGCGGUGCUACCGCCGCCUAGCCUGGCUUCUUGUCUGGUGUUGGAACUUGUGCCCUGCGAGUGCAUCGCGCGCGCGCGCGCACACAUACA